ACUGAACUGUUAUUGCUCAACGUCAUCGUCGCUCGUUCCUUCAUUUCUAUUCUCCUUAUCUUGCAGAUUUGUAUAUCAUCAACAUGGAUUGAAAAGACUUUUGUCUUUCACAUGGCAGCGAAAGAGGUGAGAAGGUGAGCAGUGACCAUGGAGUCUGGAUUUCACUCUCUCUUCGCCACAGCUGGCCAGCUGCAGUGGGUGCUUCUGUCUCUGUUAACAACGUGGACCGUCGUGUGUUCAGCAGAAUUGAAGCAGACAAGAUGGCCAUUAUAUUCACAGAAGCCGGUUCUUCUCGCCUGGAAUGCACCGACACAGGAGUGUGCCCCGCGACAUGGCGUUACUUUGUCUUUGGACCAGUUUGACAUUGUGGCAUCCCCCAAUGAGGGCUUUGUAAGGCAGAACCUCACCAUUUUUUAUAAGGAGCGCCUUGGAUUGUAUCCCUAUUAUGAGCGGGGAGGCACUGCAGUGAAUGGAGGCCUUCCACAGCUUGCCAGCCUCGCUCAUCACUAUGAAAAGAUGCCUGAAGGUUUGCAAAAAUAUAUACGUGAGCCAGAGGCAAAAGGUUUGGCUGUAAUCGAUUGGGAGGAGUGGCGUCCAUUGUGGAUCCGAAAUUGGGACAUUAAAGAUAUCUAUCGAAAUAAAUCCCGUGAAAUGGUGGCCAAAAAGAAUCCUAAGUGGACCCCGGAACAAGUGGGUAAAGUUGCACAGCAAGAAUUUGAGCUUUCAGCUCGCAAGUUUAUGCUGGAGACUAUGAAACUUGCCAAGAGUUUGAGGCCCAAUCAACAAUGGGGCUUCUACUUGUUUCCAGAUUGUUACAACCACGACUACAGGAGUGGCCUGAAGAACUACACUGGCCGCUGUCCUGUUGUGGAGAUGGCCCGCAAUGAUCAACUUAACUGGUUGUGGAUGGAAUGCACAGCCUUCUUCCCAUCUAUAUAUGUGGGUUCUGUACUCGCCUCCACAAAUGAUGCAUGCCUUUUUGUACGAAACCGGGUAAAGGAGGCGAUGCGCCUGGCCUCUGUUGGAGAUGGAUUAGCACGGCCUGUUUUUGUUUAUACCCGCCCUACUUACAUCAAUCAGAUGACCCUCCUAACUCAGAUGGAUCUGGUCUCCACCAUUGGUGAGAGUGUUGCACUUGGAGCUGCAGGUGUGAUCUUCUGGGGCGACACCUCUUAUGCAAGCAGCUAUGCCAGCUGCUCCCUCCUGAAUAAAUAUCUUCAGGAACAACUGGGCCGGUACCUCCUCAAUGUGACUACAGCAGCAGAACAGUGCAGUCAGGUGGUAUGUAAAUCCCACGGCCGCUGUCUACGCAAAGUACCAGAUGAUGACGUGUACCUGCAUCUCAGUCCCUUAACGCACAGCAUCACCAGUCAGGGUGGUCAGCUGAAGGUUACAGGCGUGCCUAGCCAAGCCGAGCUGGCGCUUUUCCGCACACACUUCCAGUGCCAAUGCUACAGUGGGUACAGGGGUGAGGCCUGUGCUCAGAAAGAAAAAGGGCAGAAUAAAGCCUCCUCUGUCUUAGGGACCUGGCCUCUUUGCCUUUUACUCCCACUAGGACUCCUCACACUGCUACACUGAGGAAACUGAGAAGCCCAAACUAUUCACUACUUCUGCCAGCCCUGAAAAGGACAAAUCAGACUUUUCAACAUAUAGGUUGUACGUUACAGUGCACUAGUGAUGAUGCUGAAUGAUGAUGCAUUGUCAUCAGAGAAUAAUUUAUAUUGCAUUAUGUCAGAUCUCCAUGCUCCAUGCUGACCCUGGCCUCCAGAAGAAGAGAUCAUCAUUCCACAUGGACUGUAUGUGACUAUAGUGUAAUUAUGGGGCUUUUUCCCACAGAGAAUGAAAUGCAUCAUGAAAAAAGACUGCUUAACCGUAACACUUUUUUUUUUACAAUGGACACCAAAAUACAAUAUGAGGCUGAAGCAAAAAUGUUGAUGCCCAGCAGCACACAGUAUUCACAAGUUGUUGUUGUUGUUGUUGUAUUCUGUAAUUGGAUAUUUCUGCCCACUUUAAACAUGAUUGUUUCUGUCUGUUGAUUAAUCAAGCUGUUAAGUGGUAGCCUUAUGAAUGAAAUGUAAAUAGUGCAUUAUGCCAGAAGGUGAUACAUUAUGAGAAAUGGAGCCUAAAGAAACAACAUGGCUGGACCUGCCUGUUUCAGUUCAAAAUUGUGUCUUAACUGGGCUACAAACUACAAAGUGCUCUUUUUUAUGGUUGCCUUUGUUUACAAGUUUUGACUAUUGAGGUUUUUCCAGCAGUGUUUAUCUCAGGCCUCUGCUGGCGCUUUACAUUGAUAUGAACUCUUUAGGCAUACCAGUUUAAAUUUUAUUCCUAAAGGAAAAUGUAUGUAUAGAGGAACGGGUGGACAGACCUGAAAAGAUAAAUGGACUUGCAUUUCCAUAGCAUCUUUCUAGUCUUUCGUCCACUCAAAGUGCUUUACACACAUUCAUACACUGAUGCAAGGUGCUAAACUACUCAUCAGGAUCAAAUAUCAUCAUUCUCACACACACACACACACACACACACCAAUGGUAAAGAAUUCACAGACUGUAUCUUGCCCAAAGACAUUUCAACAGAGCUGGGGAUCAAAAAAACAAAUUCUUCGACAUAAAUGCCAAAAAUAUUUCAAUUAUAUAUUGUUUUGUUCACUUCAUGCCAUUGACAACAUUCUUAAAUAUGUAAGGGAUCUGUUCGUUUGUGUUUACGUUGAAAAAAUGUGGCUGAUGCCAUUCAGCUUCCCUAACCAGGUUUUCUUUCAACUCUCAAAUAUCCAUAUUAGCCUCAGAAAACCAGCAUUGCCCUGGCUCUAUACACAAUUAUCAGUUUAGAUUUUUUUUUGUGUAGAGACAAUUUGUUGAUUGCAACUACUGUAGGUACAUCUUCAAAUUAGUUUAUUGACAAGUACAUAUACUUUCUAGUGUUUCAUAUUUAUACAGUAGAUUCUGUAUUUAUUCUCUAUGACAUUGCUCAGAAAAGUAUUCAGCUACCUAAAAUAAGUUAUGUUUUUCAUAAACUGAACAAUUUGUACUAUUAGUAUUGUGAUAGAACUUUUGAAUUAUGCUGCAACCAUUUUAAAAUACAGCACUUUAACUACUUUUGUGGAGGUGGAUCUACCUUUAUUUAAUGUUAGAGAUUUAUUCCACUGUGAAUUUUGUCUAAAAAUAAAUGCUUCUGAUUGUU